AAUGCACCAGUCAAGCAACGAGCUGAUCGAACAGAUCAUAAGCAGAGGUUCAAAACGCUGUGUGAACGAGAGACUGAAGACUCCUGUAACUCCACGAGAUCUCGGACUUGUUGCGAGACAUAUCGGGAUGGGAUUUGAGUAUAUCGGGAUUGAACUUGGGCUCAGCGUUGUGGCUAUCCAACAGGGCAGAGUUGCACACCCAUGUUCAAUGUAUAUGCAGAUCUUUAUUAUACUCACUAAAUGGAAGCAGUGGAAUGGCAGUUCGGCCACCUAUCUGGACCUGGUCAAAGCACUAUGGACAUGUAAAGAGAGAUGCACGAUCGAAUGGGAGGACAUUCUCAACAUCCUGCAGUGACGGUCCUCUUUGUCAGUGUAA